AUGUUUCGCGUGGUCGCGGCUCUACAUCCAGCUCAAAAAAAUGUGGAACAGGAAUCUUCGUAUCCACAUUAUUCAUCGGUACUGAAUCUCGCGAGUAUCGAAUUUCCAAUGACGUUGAGGCAAAUUAGGAAAUUUGAAGCUCUAAACGACAUUUCCAUCAACGCCUACGCCAUCGCGAAGGGAAUUGUGCCGGUACGAUUCGCCGACCGAAAAAGGAGCAAACACGUAAACCUGCUGUACAUGGAGAACGAUAGCGCGGGACCCUUUGCGCUGAUCAAGAAUCUAUCCCGCCUUGUCGGCUCACAAAUUAAUAAAAAGGGGCAUAAGAAAUAUUUCUGCGAUAGCACGAGCGCAAAAUUGGAGACCCACAGCGAGGAUUGUGAAAAACUGAAUGAUUGCGCAAUCAGAUUACCGAGCGAGGACGACAAAUGGCUGAGCUUCCGCAACCACUGUCGGAAAGAGCGCGUCCCGUUCAUCAAGUCUACGCCGAUCUUGAGUGUGCAUUGGAAAGAAUAGAUAGCGAUUCACAAUCCGCUACUCACACGUACCAACAUCACAACGUCUUGAGUAUCGGAUAUUACGUGCAUUGCUCCUA